GCCCCCAGCCCUGCAGUUGCAGUUGUGCUCUCCGAGUUCCUGUCUCCCUCCCCGCGCCGCCCGGAUGGCUUCCCAGAACCGCGACCCAGCCGCCGCCAGCGUCGCCGCCGCCCGCAAAGGAGCCGAGCCCAGCGGGGGCGCUGCCCGGGGCCCCGUGGGCAAGAGGCUACAGCAGGAGCUGAUGACCCUUAUGAUGUCUGGUGACAAAGGAAUUUCUGCCUUCCCUGAAUCCGACAACCUUUUCAAAUGGGUGGGGACCAUCCAUGGAGCAGCUGGCACAGUAUACGAGGACCUGAGGUAUAAACUCUCCCUGGAGUUCCCCAGUGGCUACCCUUACAAUGCGCCCACGGUCAAGUUCCUCACGCCCUGCUACCACCCCAACGUGGACACGCAGGGUAACAUCUGCUUGGACAUCCUGAAGGACAAGUGGUCUGCCUUGUAUGAUGUCAGGACCAUCCUGCUGUCCAUCCAGAGCCUGCUAGGAGAACCUAACAUCGAUAGCCCUUUGAACACACAUGCUGCUGAGCUCUGGAAAAACCCCACAGCAUUCAAGAAGUAUCUGCAAGAAACCUACUCAAAGCAGGUCUCCAGCCAAGAACCCUGACUGUCUAGCCUCUUUCCUUGUGUUGUCUUUUUAUUUUCUCCUUAGACGGUCUGUCCUUUCCUUCAUUUCUGCCUAGGACUCUGUAUCUUAAACUGUGGUGUUAUUUUUGUUUUGUUUCUGUUUUUUAAAUUAAGUGUCUGGUUGAGCCCUUGUGAUGAAUAUAUUAAAUAAAUACAUUGGUUGGUUU